AUGGUUUCAGCUAUUGGAUUGACCGGCGGUUCCAGCAGAUGCUUUCCUGAAUGGCAAAGCUUUUUGGAAUGCUACACAGCUAGCUCGACUUCAGAUGUCACCAAGUGCCAGGCCAAGAGCGCAGACUAUUACGAGUGCCUGCACCACAAGAAAGAGAAGGGUCGUGCCAUCUUAAUAGCAAAUGAGAUGCUUAAGCGGAAAGAUGAGGAAGGUAAGCUUCUGGAUGUUGUUAAGAAGCAGUUUUCUAUUGACUCGCUUGGUCUGGUUAAGGAGUAA